AUGGCGGGGGCUGCAAACGCAAGCACCAGCUUCGGGCUGCCAGGGAAAGACGCGACGCAGUGGCCUCUGCAGCGCUACGGCCGCUUCAUGCCAUUGAGCGACGGGGAACCUCCUGCGCCGGGCCAGGGGACCAGGCCGGCUUCCUCCCGCUCCUGGAAGGUUUUUGAGUCCAGUGAAGAAUCCGGUUCCAUUGUUCUCACCAUAGUAAUAUCGGGUCACUUCUUCAUCUCCCAAGGGCAGACACUGCUGGAAGGGUUCUCACUCAUUGGCGGCCAGAGCUGGUUGAAGAUUGUGAGACGUGUGGACUGUCUGCUCUUUGGAACCACGGUAAAGAACAAGAGCCGCAUGUUCCGGGUGCAGUUUGCCGGCGAGUCCAGGGAGCAGGCGCUGGCCAACUGCUGCAGCUGCACACAGAGCCUGGCCCAGUAUGUGCCCGUGGACCUGCCCGGCCCUGUGCUGCUGGCAGGGGACAGCCAGGACGACGAUGGCCUGGAGUGCAGGCCGCCUCAGCAGGCAGCCAUCCUGGCCGCAGAGGAGCUGCCCCUGGCCUACCACCAGACUCCGUGGGCUGCGCAGGAGCUGGGACCCUUCCUGCGCCAAUGCCUCCUGGACCAGCACUUCCCGGCGUUUGUGGAAGACGUGGAAAAGGAGCUGAGGAAGCUGCUGGGGCCGAGCAAGUAA